AGAGCAGGAUGAAUAUAUCAGGAUGUGUGGCGGUAAUAAUAUUAGUAAUAGCAAUGAUGCUACUUUACACUGAUAAUAGCUUGUCAGAAGCUUACACAGACUCCCGGAGAAGAAGCAGUGGAACUGCCUACACGGACAGGAGAAGAGCUUCCUACGAUUCAAGAAGACGUACAUACGAUUCACGAAGACGAUCAUUCGACGAUUCAAGAAGACGAUCAACCGACUCAAGAACACCCUCAUACAACAGGAGAAGGGGGCAUAUAGAUAAUAAUACAGGCUCCUCGGGUAAAGUACCCUGGAAAAUAGUGGCAGGAAUAGUGGGUGGAGUAGUCGCGUUAUUCCUGUUGUACUGUUGCUGCAAAAAAAUGCAGGAAUCUAAAUAUGAAGAUCAUGUGGGAGCAUCAUAUGGAGCAUCUCCUACACCGGCACCAGGCGGAUCAUUCCCUUCUCCAGCACCAAGUGAAGCGUAUCCAGCACCAAGUGGAGCGUAUCCAGCACCAGGUGGAGCGUAUCCAGCACCAGGUGGAGCGUAUCCUCCACCGGCACCAGGUGGAGCGUAUCCAGCACCAGGUGGAGCGUAUCCAGCACCAGGUGGAUCAUACCCUCCACCAAGUGGAGCAUACCCUCCACCGGUACCAGGUGGAGCGUAUCCUCCACUGGCACCAGGUGGAGCGUAUCCAGCACCAGGUGGAUCAUACCCUCCACCAAGUGGAGCAUAUCCUCCUCCGGCACCAGGUGGAGCGUAUCCUCCACCGGCACCAGGUGGGGAAUAUUCAAUGAAACCACCGUCUUACGAUGAACUUAACAUCCCUGGAGACAACAGUCAGAGUAAAGAUACACCUCCAGGUUACUCACCAGAAAUAGAUGCCAAACCUCGAUUUUAAACAACUCAUUCUUGAUACUAAAGCGAAGGUGAACCAUAUUUUUUAAACACACGACAGUGAUUAACCAAUCAGCUUCCAGGCUCCAGCAUUGAAUUUGACUAACAUGAACCCAAUAUCACAGAACCAGGACCAGGACCAGAUAAACCCUCGUUCAAAUUCCCGAAGUUCGAAUGAUAAUUCCCAGGACCACGAACAGGACCAGGACCAGGACCAGGACCAGGACCAGGACCAGGAACAGGACCAGGACCAGGACCAGGACCAGGACCAGGACCAGGACCAGGACCAGGACCAGGACCAGGGUCCGGAAUAUGGAGCGGAUAAGCCACAAGUGGGUAGUUUAGACAGUUAGUCUAAACUUUCACUCUUACAAACUGGAAAAAACAAACUCAGGAAACUUGAUCUAAGAUUCGGGCUUCCAUAGAUCAGUCUUGACCAUGACAAUAAUAGAGUUUUUUAGUAUAGUGCUAUGGUGUAGGAAAUUUAGUGAAAAAAUGUAGGAAAAUUUGGUUGAUAUUUAACUAUCAGUGCUUUACGUUUUUACAUUUGAUUUAUCAUUGAAUUUAUAAAUUGAUUUAAAAGGUACAAUGGGUAACUGCAGCUGAUCUGCCUAGGAGGUACUGAAUUUAGCGAUAUAUUUUUAAUUAGUUUGCAUGUGAUCGUGAAUAACUAUAACUUUACAAGAUGUUAUUUCUAUUAUCGUUUUAUCU